AUGGCUCUCAUCGCAGCCUGGGUUACCUUGUGCGCCUCACUCCGCUUCAAACGCAUCACCAACUUCCAGAAGCAGAUGGGCUUCAGCGAUCGUGAUUCUUUGGCACUCAUGACGAACAACCAGGCCCAGCUCAUCCUCAAGAACAUUAUCGAAUUUGAGUUCCCCAAGAUGUACAUUCUUUCUCUCCAGUUCGCCAUCUUCAAGACAUAUGGCAUUGAGACUAUGUCCAAGCUCAUCGUCGCCACCAAGAACCUGGCUGAUGCCGCCAACGCACAGAAGCGAUUCUCCCUCAAUCCUCCCACCUCAGAGCGCGCCCUCAAGGCCAUCUCCCGCAUGAACUACCUCCACAGCCGCUACGUAGCCGCUGGACAGAUCUCUAACGCUGACUUCCUUUACACCCUGGCCGUCUGCAUCACCGAGCCCAUCCGCUUCAUGCGUCUAUACGAGUGGAGGCCCCUUACCGACAUGGAGGUCUGCGCCAUCGGUACCCACUGGAAGGCCAUUGGCGAUGCUAUGGACAUCCAAUACAAAGGCUUCCUCCGCCAGGAGUCGUGGGCCAACGGUAUUGAGUUCGUCGAGGAUAUCACCGCCUGGGCCGCCCAGUACGAGGUUGAUGAGAUGAAGCCCGCCAAGGUCAACCUCCAGGCGAGUUCCCAGCUGACUGAAAUGAUGCUCUUUCACGUCCCGAGCUUUGCCAAGUCGUUCGCCCGGGAGGUGCUGUAUGUUCUUAUGGGAGACCGCGUCCGUGCUGCUUUCUGCUUCCCCGAACCCGGCAUCGUCGCAUCUCUUGCCGCCUAUGCAGCCCUCGUCACCCGUCGCUUCGUCGUCCGCCACCUCAUGCUCCCACGCUUCACCCCCGUCGUCUACUUCUCGGGCCCGGAUCCCGACACAGGCCGCAUCCUGCACCACGACUACCUUGUCCACCCGUACUACAACCCCGCCACUGUCUGGAACCGCUGGGGUCCCAUCGGCCUGGCGACCCGGCUCCUUGGGGGUACUGUUCCUGGCCCGGAGAAGAUGAUGCCGCAAGGCUUCCUGUUCGAAGACAUUGGUCCCCGGGAGAAGAUGGGCAAGGGCUCCGCUGAGAUGACACAGUGUGUUGAGGCACUGAAGAGCCGUCGCCGCGAUGCCUGCCCCUUUACUGGUGGUUCGUCUUGA